CGAGAGCCCUUGGGUCGCCCCGACGCUGGGCUGGAAGCAGCUGUCGAUGAGGAAGCGGAGGGGGCCCGGGCAGAGAGCUCCGGGGUCGACACGAUGACAGAAAAUAAUUUUUGGUUGAAGAAGAUAGAAAUCAGUGUUUCAGAAGCAGAAAAGCGAACUGGAAGAAAUGCCAUGAACAUGCAAGAAACGUAUACUGCUUACCUCAUUGAAACAAGGUCAGUUGAACACACUGAUGGUCAGAGUGUCCUCACAGACUCCCUGUGGAGGCGAUAUAGUGAAUUUGAGUUGUUGAGAAACUACCUUUUAGUUUACUACCCACAUAUUGUUGUGCCACCUCUGCCAGAAAAACGGGCAGAAUUUGUUUGGCAUAAACUCUCUGCUGACAACAUGGAUCCUGAUUUUGUGGAGAGACGCCGGAUUGGUUUGGAGAACUUUCUUUUGAGAAUUGCUUCACACCCCACCCUUUGUAGAGACAAAAUCUUCUAUUUAUUUUUAACACAGGAAGGUAACUGGAAAGAGACUGUGAAUGAAACUGGGUUUCAACUGAAGGCAGACUCCAGGUUAAAAGCGCUUAAUGCAACAUUCAGAGUGAAAAACCCAGACAAGAGAUUUACUGAACUAAAACACUACAGUGAUGAACUACAGUCUGUCAUCUCACAUCUUCUUCGAGUCAGAGCUAGAGUAGCAGAUCGACUCUACGGUGUAUAUAAAGUGCAUGGGAAUUAUGGACGAGUUUUCAGUGAAUGGAGUGCCAUAGAAAAAGAAAUGGGUGAUGGACUGCAGAGUGCCGGUCAUCAUAUGGACGUGUAUGCAUCUUCUAUUGAUGAUAUUUUGGAAGAUGAAGAACAUUAUGCAGACCAGUUAAAGGAGUAUCUUUUUUAUGCGGAAGCACUGCGGGCUGUUUGCAGGAAGCACGAACUUAUGCAGUAUGACUUGGAGAUGGCCGCUCAGGACUUGGCAUCCAAGAAGCAGCAGUGUGAGGAGCUGGCAACUGGGACUGUGAGAACAUUCUCUUUGAAGGGAAUGACUACCAAGCUCUUCGGUCAAGAAACUCCAGAGCAGAGAGAAGCCAGAAUAAAGGUACUAGAAGAACAAAUAAAUGAAGGAGAACAGCAACUAAAGUCUAAAAAUCUGGAAGGAAGAGAAUUUGUGAGAAAUGCGUGGGCUGACAUUGAACGCUUCAAAGAGCAAAAGAAUCGCGAUCUGAAGGAGGCGCUCAUAAGCUAUGCAGUCAUGCAGAUCAGCAUGUGCAAGAAGGGAAUUCAAGUUUGGACCAAUGCUAAGGAAUGCUUUAGCAAGAUGUAAUCCUGCGAAAUGAAUUUCUCUUCAAUCAAAGUGCCCCAAAACAGAAGCACAAGAAAAUAAAAGAAAUUUAAGUUGCUACCCAGUAUAUAUAAAAAUAUACAGUAAGUUGAAUAAAUUUAGCUUUCCUUAACCUAAUUAUAGUCGUGUUAAUAGAGCACAAAAAGGAUGUAUUUUAAUGAAGAUUAAAUAUUAUAAUUUGAGGUUUUGGGGACUGGUGCUGAUUCAAAAAAGUUAAUUUAAUAAUAUAUACCAACAGAUUGUCAGGCUUCUGAACCAAUGACUGAAUGUCAAGAUGUUCAUUACUUUUUAGAUGUUUGUUUCAAUGCCAGCUGUUUCAGAUCUGUUAAUGUCGAGACUUUUUUCCUAAGGUUAAAUUCUAUAUUUACUUUGUAAAGACCCACUCACCUGUUAUAAGGGGUUACUUUCUCUUGCCUUAUAGUUGAGCUGCUUGGUUUGACAAAGCUCAGCAGAAACUUAGUGUGACAAAUCUGAGAUUUUCUUCCACAUUCAUUUGAUGCCCCUUGUAACAUUUGCAUACACUAGAAAAUGCCUUCAAUGUGUGUUUUACCAGAAUUUUAAUACUGGUCAGAAAUUUUAUACUGCCAACAAAGAAGACUCAGCUUCUCAGAUCACAGUGGAAGACACUGUUAUGAUCUAGCAAUUGCACUGUAGAAAGUUUUAGCCGAAUAUGUUGUGUACCAGAAUUCAACUCUUCUCAAAUAAUGAGUAACCUCAGUGACGAGCCUACAUGUGUCCCGCUUGGCUCUCUACACUUGGCGUUUCAGGGUACAAAAGGUAGCAUUUCAGUGCAAGACACACGCAGUAAGCAUGUGAUGGCAUCUUCAUUAUUAACAUCCUUCUUUUCUACUGCUUGGCUGUAUUUUCUGUAAAGAUAAGUUACUGUUUUUCACAUGUGUUUGCGGCGUGUGUUCAGAAGCCAGGCGCCUCAUCUUGCCAGCUCUGCUGUGUCCAGUGUGUACUCAUUCUUUCUAAUGAUGUAAAAACAAUCCCCAGUACUGUUGAGCAGCUGACUUUUUUACAUGUUUAAAAUGUUGCUGGAUUUUUGUGCUGUUUGCCAAACUUACACAAUAAAUAAAUGAAGUAUUGUGCUGAUUUUC